AUGGCAAACGUGAACACUCAGAUUCGCAAUUACUUGGCGUCUACCAAAGUACCAACGCUUGCGGGUUUUAUCAAGAGACAUGAGGAGAUCUGCCUCGACUACAUUGAACAGUUUGACACCGUCGACGACGCGAAGAAACAUCUGACCAGGCGCUAUUUGACUUUGCAUAACAACUUGAACAAAACAAAAGCCAAACUGGACAAUGUGCGAUGGAUGAAGCUUUUUGAGAAGGCAAAUACGCGUGAAAACUUGGAAAUAGCCGUUAUGCAAGGCAUGCGAGCGGUCGUGCCUCGGGUUGUAAAGCAGCUAGAAGGAUCAACACAGGAGCAGCAACGUGAACCUAAUGAUGGAUAUAUGUCAAAUGCUGAGGAUGGUGACGAGGAUGGCGGCGAGGAUGGUGGUGACUAUGGUGGCGACAGCGAUAACGACUUUGAAAGCAAUGAUGAUGGCAUCGACAAAGAGAUCAUUGCGUUGUGGAGACAUUAUACAAGAGAGUCAACUACGAUAGCCAAUCGAAAGGGCUUAUCAGUCGUUAACGAUCUUCAACGGAUAUUAUCGCUAUCUCAUAUCUUGCUCAUCAAACCCAGGCAGCAUGACGAGGCUUUAUCCCUUGCAUUUUCAGAAAGCCGCUUGACCCAGUUGUACAAGAGUCUCCGUGAUCGCUAUCUCGACAAGAAUGUCAAGCUAUGUGAUGAUCUUUUUUUGGCUAUGAAGAAAAUUGUUGAGCAUGUGGUUGAGGAGGAGACGACGCGAUCAGUUGCAAAACGCGAAUUGAUGAAGCUUAGUGUUGAAGACAAUGAUACCGCAAUCGUCGAUAUGGUUUAUAAUUGCAUUUCUGGUCUUCCCCGCUUUAUGACGGAUGCGAACAUCGGGGAGUUCGAAUUAAUCACCUCUUUCCUUGAUCCCAUUCUCCGCCCGCUGUUACAUGAUCCGGAUCAGAUGCGUUUAUUGCGAUGGACAAAUCGGAUUUGUACAGAGGUAGAAGGAAAUGCAACCAAAAGACCCGAUGCAACAAUGACCUUGCGCGAGCAUUAUCACGGUGCCUCUGCGUUGGGUUUCUGCGAGGUCAAGCCUGCCGACAGUGCUGUGUGUUUGACAUCUUCCUUUACCGAUUUGUUGCGCUUGGGACUGUUCGCCAAAAGUGGCAUUGACAAAGAGGAAAUUCGUGCAAUGAUGGUGGUGCAAGCAGUAGGUCUGACGGUGACAUUUUACAUGAUGGAGAUAUUGGCACCAGGAUUCUACCCCCUUGUGCAAGUGGCAACAAUCACAAUACCACGAACGCUGGAUCAACUGCCGCACUUUUUAAUGACCUUGCCCACCUUAAAACGGAUUUAUAUGGCAUAUCGGAUUCAUUGUACAAGGUUGGACGCAGAAAGCAAGCAAAAGGUUGGCAAAUGGAAGACGACCUCGUUGGAUGAUAACCGACUUGGAGAUAUCCUGGAUCCCACCAACAACAAAGAUAGCAUUCCAUGCAUACGUUUAUAA